GAAUUUUAAUUUUAGAUUUUGUUUGCUAAGCGAAUGGAGAUUGAUUUUGACGAAUUAGAGAAUUCUCGCUUAAAUACUUACGCACGAAAAACAUUUAAGUGGCGUGCCAUUUCGGCGUUGCGAGAAUUGGCACAUGCGCGCUUAACCCUUCAAACUUCUAUGACGUUUUGAAUCAUCGAACUGCCUAUCUUUCCCGUGAAUUUAUUUGUAAAAUUAAUACAGUAAACACUUCCCCGUCAAUUAAUUAUUAGAAUGGUUCAUAACAUAUGGUUUCUGAGCAGUUUUAGGCUCACAUUCUUCAUAAGUUUUAUGGUUUUUUAUGUUUUUCACAAUCCAACAGACAGCGGAGCAGUUCAGCUAACACAAGAUAAUCUGGAUAUGACUUUAGCUUCCAAUGAAUUAGUUUUUAUUAAUUUUUAUGCCGAAUGGUGCAGAUUUAGCAAUAUACUAAUGCCAGUAUUUGACGAAGCCGCUGAUAAAAUUGCCCAAGAGUUUCCCGAGGCUGGCAAAGUCGUCAUGGGGAAAGUCGAUUGUGAUAAAGAAGGGUCAGUUGCGACAAGAUUCCACAUUACCAAAUACCCAACUCUUAAAGUAAUACGAAAUGGACAGCCGGCAAAAAGGGAAUAUCGGGGUGAACGCUCAAUUGAGGCUUUUACAAACUUCAUCAAAAAACAACUCGAAGAUCCCGUCAAAGAAUUUAAAGAAUUGAGAGAACUUAACGAACUAGAGUCUAAUAAAAGAAUAGUUAUUGGUUAUUUCGACAGGCGGGAUCAGCCUGAAUACAAUAUAUUCCGACGCGUUGCUACUAACGUUAAGGACGACUGCCAUUUUCAUGCUGGUUUUGGUGAAGCUUCGCGCACCAUGCACCCCGAGAACCAACCUAUAAUCGUCUUUAGGCCUGACAGGGAGCGUUCUAAUGAUUUAGAUGAAACUUACACGGGAAGUUUAACAAAUUUUGAUGAAUUGCACAUAUGGGUAUCUGAGAAAUGUGUACCUUUAGUACGUGAAAUUACUUUUGAGAAUGCUGAGGAGCUAACCGAGGAAGGAUUGCCGUUUUUAAUUCUUUUCCAUUCCCCUGAUGAUAAAGAAAGUAUUAAGAGGUUUACUGAAAUUGUACAAACCGAUUUACUGUCAGAAAAACGUAUUUAUUUGCUUUUUUUUCUGUUGUUCCAUUUUGAUAAUUUUUUAUUUUCAGAGUCAAUAAACUUCUUGACUGCCGAUGGUAAAAAAUUUGCACAUCCUUUACAUCAUCUCGGAAAGGGUGAAAAGGAUUUGCCACUUAUUGCAAUUGAUAGUUUUAGGCACAUGUAUCUGUUUCCAAAUUACAAGGAUAUGGAAAUCCCUGGGAAACUAAAACAGUUUAUUCAAGAUCUCUAUUCAGGAAAAUUACAUAGAGAAUUUCAUUAUGGUCCUGAUUCUGAUGAACUUAGUUCUUCACAAAAAUCGCCAACAACCCCACCUGAAAGUACUUUUAAAAAGUUAGCACCAUCAAAAAAUAGAUAUACUCUACUUAAAGAUGAAUUGUAAGUUAUUUCUUUCUGUAAAUAAAUUUUUUUGAAAUCUA